AUGGGUAGAAACAUCAAUUCGUUCCAUCUUAUCGACCAAAACAUUGAUUUUGAUCAAGAUGAAUUUUUGUUUAGAGAAAUUGAUGAUGAAUUAGCUGUUCCAAUUCCAGAAGAAGAUCUUCAUGCAUCAACACUACUUAAUUGCGAACAACAAAAUGCUUAUAAUUCUAUCUUACAAAAAGUUUUAUCAAAUGAAGCUGCCAUAUUCUUUAUUGAUGGUCCUGGUGGUACAGGAAAAACAUUUUUAUACAAAGCAUUCCUUGCUACAAUAAGAACAAAGCAAUUAAUUACUCUUGUAACUGCUUCAUCUGGUAUAGCUGCAUCAAUCUUACCUGGAAGUCGAACUGCACAUUCACGAUUCAAAAUUCCACUAGAUACCAACAAAAAUCUCACAUGUAGUGUCAGCAAACAAAGUGGACUUGCAAGAUUACUACAAAAAGUAAAGUUGAUCAUAUGGGAUAAAGCUCCUAUGUCAAGAAAAGAAUCUAUUGAAGCAUUGGAUAAAAUGCUAAAGGACAUUAAUGAUUCAGAAUUAUCUUUUGGUGAAAAAGUUAUUGUGUUUGGUGGAGAUUUUCGUUAG